AUUCCCCAAGGCUGUCGCGUGUGACAGGGCCGCCUGGCUGCAGGGGCUGACGGCCAGAGAGGCCUGGGACGAGAUCAGCGAGCUGCGGAACGGAGUCUGCCCGCAGCCAGGUAGACUCAAGAAUGGGGCCAGCCAAGUCGUGGACAGCGACAACAGGGCAGACACUCUGGCGGCGCACUUAGAGAGGGUGCAAUGGGCCGUGAGGCCUACGACUGCAAUACCAGCGGACGCACCGCACGAGAACGAGCUGCCGAUUGUCCUCGGUACCAUCGCAGACACAAAGUGAGCAAAGCAACACGUAAACUCAAACAAGGCAGAGCUGGUAGAAUGGGCAGCAUAACGCCAGAGUUCUGGCGAGAAGCAUGCGAGGACGGCACCCCGACGCUUCAGUGGAUCACUCGCUUCUGCAACAUGGUAUGGGAGACGGGGCGCGUCCCCGAUGCGUGGCACAGGUCGAAGGUGAGGAUGAUUUACAAGAGUGACGACCAUGUGAACUGCAACACUUGCUGCCCGAUCACCGUCUUGCCGAUAGGAUACAAUGUAUUUGCGCUUGUGCUGCCGCAUCGCCUGAAGGACGCUGGCGCGGAGCAGCGUAUGUGGAACGCGCACUUCGGAUUUCGAUCCAACGGUGGCACACCAGAUGCGAUCUUCAUCGCCCGGCGGGUCCUCGAGAGAACGUGGUCGUCUCGAGACAGCAAGGCUGUCUUUCCUGGUGUUGGACUGUGCGAAAGCCUUCGACUCCGUGUCCCCAGAAGCACUUGCUAAUUCUCUGCGAAGGCUUGGAUGCCCAAGCCGGUCUGUGAACAUGGUCGCUGCCAUUUUUAUGAGGGCCGCGGGUUCGUGGUCGACGACUUCGGCGUCACGUCGCAGGACAGGGAGCAAGCAUAUGGCAUAUGUCAAGGGUGCCCGCUGUCGCUUUUCGUGCUCACACUCGUGAUACAAUCGUGAUGACAACACUCCUACACGACGCCCGCAAGGAACUGCGGGACCGACGAGGUGGAAAGGUUCCAGAGGAGCUGGUUCGUGGUCUGGUGUGCGCGGACGACACCCAGCUGCUGGGCGCCGACGGAAGGGGCAGUCCAAUAGCUGAUGACCUCCGUUGACAUGUCUGGGGCGAAGUACGGCCUCCUCUUCAACUGGAAGCACGCGGAGAUAGUGGAGGUGCGGACGGAGGAGGACAUCGUGGACAACGCUGGCACGCCCAUUCUCAACAAGCAGUCCUUCAUCUGCCUGGGCGCGGCGCUGUCCGCCGACGGGAGGUGCGCCUCUGAGUUGAGCCGCAAACUUGGAGCAGCACUGCAAGACUUCAACGACGCUGCACGCGAUCUAGUCUCACGCUUGCCUCUCCAAAUGCCAGAAGAUACAUAGUUUGAAUAUUUGUGUGGUGUCCAAUAUAUGUAUUUGAUACCCUCUUUGAUGCGUGCCUGGACCAAGCAGAACGUCGAAGGCUGGACAGUUUCCAGAACCGGAGCAUCAGGAAGAUUUGCAAAGUAGCCCCCAGCACACUUCAGCAGAGUCUCGAGCGCUUCUGUACUCGCCGUGGUCGAGCAGCCGAAGCUCAGCGAUUGCCACGCGAGAAAGCAAAUUAUUUGCAUGAGCAAUGAGCACGCCGACCUUGCCUAGAUCCUGUGCGGCGAUCGGUGUUUGAGCAAGGCACCCUGGAUCUGCGGAAGGCGCCUGGCCCGAGAAAGCGGGGCAGACCGAGGCAAACUUGGAGCCAUUCAAUGAGGAAUAAUUGUCUCAAAGUCGCAGGCUGCCGCAGACGGCUCGCUGCCUACUCCCGCCCCGAGGGCGGUGCAUCGCAACGCGAUCUGGCAGAAUGCCUCACGACAAGAGAAGAUACUGCCUAGUAAGUGUCUAGUCGGCCUUUCC